UUUCAGGGCCAACCAUUCAGCAGCAGCGCGUGCAGGUGUGGCAGCGAUGUCAACCCGGAAGUGAGCUGUUGUCAACAGAGAGGGACACGGCAGCCUUUGGGUCUUACACUCCGCGCUCCUCUGUCUCAGGGACAAUGGCUGGAAGCUGCAGCUCUCAAAGAUUUGGCUACGCGGUCCUGAAGUUCAUCUUGUUCUCCUACGCCUGCGUGUUUUGGUUAAUCGGCACAUUUAUCCUGGCCAUUGGCAUCUAUGCAGAGGCGGAGCGGCUGCGUUUUAAGACCCUGAAUGCUUUGUUUUUGGCCCCGUCUAUCAUCCUCAUCCUGUUGGGAAUUUUGAUGUUCGUCGUUUCGUUCAUUGGAGUUUUGGGCUCACUGAGGGACAACCUGACACUUCUGAAUGUGUUCAUGUACACCCUGCUAGCUUGCCUGAUCCUGGAGCUGCUGGGAGGAGUAUUGGGACUGGCGUUUCGCGAUAAGACUCUUGACCUGGUGAACAAAAACAUUAGGAAGGGCAUAGAAAACUACUACGAUGACCUAGACUUCAAAAACAUCUUGGAUUUCGUCCAGAAGAAGUUUCAGUGUUGCGGCGGUGAAGAUUUUAAAGACUGGGAAGUCAACGUAUACCACAAAUGUUCUGGACGUGGCCCGCUGGCCUGUGGAGUCCCUUACACCUGCUGUAUUAUGACCCAGCCUAAUGAAGUGGUCAACACUCUGUGUGGGCACCACAUCUUGAAUGAAACGCGGCAAGAUGCGAUGAAAGUUAUCCACGUGAGAGGCUGCUCACAUGCGUUCGUGCAUUGGAUGGAGGACAACUAUAAAAAGAUGGCUAUACUGUUGCUGGUUAUCCUCCUGCCUCAGUUUUUUGGGGUGCUCAUUACCUGGCUGUACAGGAAUCGGGUCUCGGACAUCAAGAGUGAGUGGGACCAGCAGUCCAACGAUAUGAAGGAGCAGCUGACUCACAACGCAAAUGUUAAGCGGGGCCGAAUUUCCAAAUGGUACAAGUGUAUGCCAGAUAAGUAAACACAGACUCCAGCUGACAGACUGCGUGUCUGCUAAACCAAAUGGAUGCAAUUCACCUCUUUCUUUUUCCUUCCCCUUUCUUAAACUGUUGUUUGUAUCUCCAUUUUGUCUAGGGGUAUAAACAUAGAAACCAAAGACUUUACAUACAUCUGUCAGGUGUUUUGUUGAUGACACUUUCAAAUGUUUGUGUGUUUUCUCCUCAUUCACGGUUAAAUCCUUUAGUAAUUGUUUGUUGCUCAGUUUUGUAAAGCCUGUUGAAAUUUAAGACAUUGUCCCUGAACUUUAAUGUCCUAAAUUUCAAUUUAGCUCAAGGUUAGUUUGUAACAUUUGUAAAAUGCGGUAUUGAUGUUGGUUUGGAGUUCAUCAGGUUUAGCUGUUUUAAUCAUUAUAAACAUAAAUGCAUGGUUACUGCUAUGUCAAAGAGUAACCUCAGGGUUUUCAUAUGACAACAGUAGCAGAUGGAUUUUAGCUCCAAAUGCAAAACGAGAUUCUUCAACCUCAUGUGCAGCAGGUCUAACAAUCUCUCUGUUAUGCAAUGCAAAAAAAUUAUAAAGUUGACUGAGCUUAAGAUGCAGGCCAACCAAAUGUUUCCAUGAAAGCAACAUUAGCAUAAUAAAUUAUUUUUCUUGGCGGUUUAGAUGAGGUUUCCUUCCAGCAUAUGCUCACAUUUAUCGACAAAAAUGUUCAUAAAGCCUUAAAAUAAAUUCAUCCUGUGUUGCACUUGAGUAAUAUUACUCCUGUAAAUUAGAAAAAUACAACCAUUAAUUUAAAUGCAUGUGUUCAAUCAUAAAUAAAUUAAAUUAGGAUAUAAUUAUUUUGAGAAAAAUAGCAGUUUUACAGUCGGUACUCCUGUUAAUAUUUUGAGCCUCCUUCUUGGCUAUAAAACAAAGCUUAAUGUUUUAGUCUUUAUAAAAUCUCUCCAGAGUCCUGAGUUUUCUUAAGUUCUCCAUUCUGUCGAUGUAGGUCUGAGGGAACUGAGAUGGAGCUAAAGAAAAGUUUAUUUUGCAUCAUUUUUCUGCUCAAAGAUCCUGUGACGACGUGUUUUCAGAUUUUUAUUUCAAAGCUGCCAAAGAAGCAUCAUCUUACUGUCAUCUGACUAAAAGCAAAUGAUUUCAGUUUAGCAAACUCAACAUACUUGUUUUUUUCAUGGUAACAGACAAAAGGCAUCUUUUGGAAUCAGUCAAACUCCAAAUUACGCGCUCUGUAAAAUUGUUAUAAAAACUUGAUGACCCCAAAAUGUUCUAACCAUGAGUUUCGGAGGGAGUUAGUUGUUUUAUUUUGUUUCUUUUCACUUCUUUGAUUGUUAUGCGUGGGGAGAAGUGGAUUGAUGAAAUCGACUUCUGUGUCGCACUGUAUUUAUUCCCCAGGGAAACAGGAAGUGUUGGUUUUCUGACUGGGAGUUCAGAUGAUCUCAAGUCAACAAUUAAAGCAUGAAUCAGAAAAAUAAAUCUAUUUUAUAGGGAUUGUGUCAGAAGUGAAUUACCUUAAUAGAUGCAUCCUAUAAUAAAUGUGUUCAAAUUAAAGGUUUUAUUUUUCCAAAAUGUUUGUUUGACAGGUUAUACUAUAGUUUUUCACAUUUUUACCUGAGGUGCCAAUAAAUUAUUCCACACUUGCAAUUAUUUGUGCUUGUAGCAUUUCAGUUUUCUGAAAUAAGCGAAUGUGAUCAUCUUCACCUUGAAAUCGAUCGCGUUUCAUUUGAAGUUCUUUUUGCGAUGUUUAAGAUUCAUAUUUUUAAGGUGCGCUUGUUACAAAGGCUUUGGUUUGGUGGUAAUUUAAAGACGAAGGGAUCCAAAGGGAUUUAAUUUAAUUAAAAAUAAAUCUUUUAAGCUUUUUGUCUGAUUUUGCACUACUUUAAUAUUCAUGUGAAUAUCUGUAUUGGGUUGUUUUAUUAACCCAAUCCUUGUGAAGUAAACCCGGGUCAAAUCUUUUCUUUUUUUUUUUCUCAUGGUGCAAAUAACAUAUAAGGGGCUAUUUUUCUACACCUGUGAACUUUUAAAUUUGUUUUAAAUGUGUAUUGCCUUUUUUCUACUAAAACAAUAAAGCUACAUUUAUAUUCCAGAUAAAGUAACACUCCAUUCAUUUCUGUUUGAAAAUGUGUAUUUUGUGAAGACAUUUCUGUUUUCCAGUAAACUCCGUGGACAGCACUAAUAGAGACAGUUUGGAUUUCAUAAAGAAACGAUAAAAGUAUCAGUAUGAACAUGUCAAAGAAGAAAAUGCUGCAAAUGUAAACCACUUAAAGCUGCAGUGUUUCUCUUUAAAGAUCUGUCAGUUUUGUAGUUUCUGCGUUUCUGCUUGUGUCUCACAUCUGUGUACAAAGUGCCUUAAAAAAUAUUCAAAACCUCUGAAAAUUGUUUGAUGUUUGAGCUAAAACUUCAGUUUCAGUGUGUUUUAUUAUAAGACUUUAUUAUGCUUAUUAUAAGGUUUUAUAAUGCUAAUGCAAACAAUUUGAAGAUGUUUAUCCCAUUUUACUCCUAAAUAUAAUCCAGUGCAACCAAUUACACAUGUAUGUUAAAUAAAACAAUAAAAUUCACUGUAAAUUUAAAAUGUACAAGAAUAUGGCACUGUAGUCUCUCAGUACUGUGACAACUUCAAUCUGGGUCAAAGGUCAUUCGUCAGUAAUGCUCAGUCCCUGUGCCAAUUUGAAUUAAGUGAACUAUCGUAGUUUGACCAUUUACAGUGAAACCCAAUGCAUGGUGUUAUGUUUUGGCUUCUGUUUUGAAUGCGAUGGGAUUAAAGAUGCAUUUUCUCAAAAGGGAUUUUCAAAGGUUGCAUUUCGUUUAGUAAAUGAUAGUUGCUGUCGUACUGUGCAUUUUCUGGGGCGGCCUUCGUACUUGGUUUCUACAUUUUUCAUGUCAAAGUAAGCAAACCUUAUGCAUGAACCUAUGUAUGAACAGAUUACUAAGAAUUACUAUGUGUCUUGAAAUGAUCUAAUAAACGUCCACAUGUUAGACCCAC